ACUGGUGAUGGGGCGUGGAGAGAAUCCAAAGAGGCCGUGGGAGAGAGCUUCGCCGGAGCCGGAGGCGUCGAAAGCCACACAGAGAAAGCGAAGCCGCCGUUUCUUCCAUGCUGGAUAAGUAAGCUCCAUUUCAUGGCUUCUGCUGCAUCUCAGGCUAUUCUGUUAUCUCGGUUCGCCGAGCUGUCACUGAGUUCUUAUCACCGAACGCAACCUCCCAAACUGCCGCCCUUCUCGCACCACCUCCUUAUCCGGCCGUUGCUUCCCUCCAUUUCCACCUACCGGCGGCGAGUUUCCUCGUUUUCCAGCAUCAGCUGCCUCAUCUCCGGCGUUGACGGUGGCGGAGUCUCCGAUGACUUCGUCUCCACCAGGAAGUCCGGAUUCAGCCGCGAAUUUGCUGUCAUCGCCAGUAUGCUGAAGAGAAUUGAACCGUUGGACACUUCGGUUAUCUCUAAGGGCGUUUCGGAUCCCGCCAAGGACUCUAUGAAGCAGACUAUUUCUACGAUGCUAGGUUUGCUGCCGUCCGAUCAGUUCUCCGUUACGAUUAAGGUUUCGAAGCAUCCUCUCCAUCGCCUAAUCGUUUCCUCCAUAGUUACAGGGUAUACUUUGUGGAAUGCCGAGUACAGAGUAGCGCUGAGGAGGAAUUUUGACAUUUCGGCGGAUUAUUCAAAAUGCUUAAAGGUUGCAGGUGAAAGCCACAACUUGUCUGCAAAGACUGAGAAUGUUGGCAUUAGGGAAAUUCAAAGCAGUGCUAAUGGGUGCCAUGAAGUUUCACAGACUAAUACUUCUCAGAAUCUUUGGGGUUUGUCUCCUGAAGCUUUGAGCUACAUUCAUCAAUUAGAAAUGGAGCUGUCUGAAGUCAAGCAGGAAUUGCAUGCACAGAAACAGGAAAGUGUGCAAAUGGAGUACAGAAAAAGGAGUAACAAUGAUUUGCUGGAGUACCUACGUUCCUUGGAACCUGAUAUGGUAAUCGAAUUAUCUAAACCGUCAUCAUUUGAAGUGGAGGAAGUUAUUCACCAACUUGCUCAAAACAUAUUGCAAGGAUUUUUCAAAGAAGAGAUAGACUGUGAGUCUAAACAGAACGAUACUGAAUAUUGUCAGACAGUUGGCACUUCACGGGAUUACUUGGCAAAGCUACUUUUCUGGUGUAUGUUACUUGGGCAUCAUUUAAGGGGAUUGGAGAACAGAUUGCAUCUAAGUUGUGUUGUUGGCUUGCUAUAAGAUGCAGAAGUACAAAGAAGGAUGUAUACCUUCUUCUUCUCUCCUUUUUUACCAAUUUUUUUAAUGUCUGUUUAUACAAAAGGAAAGUAGGUAUAUUAAAUAUACCUAUAUUUACAUCUGUAUUUAGUUCUCUUCCAAUAAUAUUUAUAAUGGGGGAUUCUUUGAAAGUGGCAAA